AUGGCUAUAGAUGCAGGCCAAUCACAAUAUGGCCAUCAGCCUGACAUCAUGGCGGGUAGGUAUUCUUUAGACACGAGGCAUUCAUACCGCACUUCCUCAUGUGCUUCUGGAGGGUUGGUAUCUGGUGACUCUAGUAGGAGUGACGGUGGUCGAGGAGAUCUUAAUAGUCAAAAUCCUAACCGUGUUUCUAUGAGUCUAAUUGAAGAAAAUGCCAAGACACUUGAGCAAGAGACUGAUGAGUAUUUAGUAGAUGAACCAGAUGACGAGGAUGACGAGGAGGAUGAAGAUAAGGACAUGGACAAGGAUGAAGAAUCCUGUAAUGAUGCACCUGAUGAUGGUGAUGAUGCAGGAGGUGACCAAGCUCCAUUACUGCGAGCCACAGCUGCAUUAAUGGAUUCGUGUCGGUCGGAUAUCAGUCCCACACCAUCCUGA